AUGAACGCCGAAGAGUGUGUCAAGUAUUGUGCUCAAGCCUGGUCAGAGGGUGGUUUUGCUCUUGAAGGCCUUAAGGGCAUCAUCCGUAUCCCGAACCUUUCUCCAGGUUACGAUGAACAUUAUUUCGAAAAUGGCCUUGUUUACAAGGCUCUUCAUUACAUGGCCGAUUGGAUCAAGGCCCAAAACAUCAAGGGUUGCAAGAUCACAACAUUCGAAGAACCAAAGGUAGAACCACUUCUCUUCGUUGAAAUCGACUCUACAGCUGACCACGAAGUUCCAGCUGUUCUUACAUACGGACAUCUCGAUAAGAUGCCACAUCUUGACCCAGCUGGCUGGUCAGAAGGCCUCGGAGCAACAAAUCCAGUUGUUCGCGGCAACAAGAUCUACGGACGUGGCACAAAUGAUGAUUGCUACGAAGGCUUCCUUGUCAUCACAGCCAUCAAGUACCUCCAGGAACAUAACAUUCCACACCCAAGAAUCGUAAUGCUCAUGGAAACAGGAGAAGAGUCCGGCGAUGACGAAAUCAUGAGAUACCUUCCAAAGCUUAAGCCACAGAUUGGCGAAGUUGGCGUUAUCAUGGUCCUCGAUGCCGAAGCCGAAGAUUACAAGACACUUUGGUGCUGCAAGUCACUUCGUGGUGUUGCCAUGGGCGUCCUCGAAGUCCAGCACCUUGCUACACCAUGCCACUCUGGUAUGGCUACAGGUCUUGUCCCAGAUACCUUCCGUAUCGCAAGAAUGCUCGUUUCUCGUAUCGAAGACGAGCAGACAGGCGAGAUCAAGCUCAAGGAAGCUCACAUCGAUAUCCCACAGUCACGUAUCGACAUGUGCAACGCUAUUGCUAAGCAAUUAGGUGCUGCAUCAGUCGAAAUCGUUGCUCCAAUCAAGGGCGCUCAGCUCCUCGACACAGAUUACGGACAAUUACUUGUCAACAAGGCCUUCAAGCCAGGUCUCGCUGUCACAGGCCAAUCUGGUCUUCCAAUCAUCUCAGAGGGCUCAAACGUCAUCCGUACAACAACAGGACUCAAGCUUUCCCUCCGUCUUCCACCAGGCGCUGAUGCUGAAACAGCUCUCGCCGCAAUGGAGAAGGAACUUACACGCGAUCCACCAUACGGUGCCAAGGUUACAUUCAAGUCUCUCGGCGCUGGCAACGGCUGGUUCGGAGAGGACUUCGACGCAAAGACUGCUGCUGCUCUUGAAGGAGCUUCUCAGGAAGUUUUCGGACAGAAGCCACUUUACUACGGCGAAGGUGGCUCAAUUCCACUCUGCAACACACUCCAGUCACUCUGGCCAAAGGCUCAGAUCAUCGUUACAGGUGCUGCCGGUACAGACUCAAAUCCACACGGAUUCGAUGAGUCUCUCAAUAUCGAAUACACAGGAAAGUUUGCUGCUGUCAUCACAGGAUUCCUUGGCGAAAUCAGCAAGUAA